AUGAUGAAGAGGCGUUUGUCUGUCCGUGGACUUCAAAUGGAGCGGUCAGUGCAGGAAAACACCCUUCAUCAUGCCCUCGGGAAUGUUAUGGUCAUAGCUCGGAUUUUCGGUGUGCUUCCGCUUUCGGGGAUCAAACCUCCUGAUAAACCCGAAAAUGUUCGCUUUCGUUGGCUUUCCCCGAUUAUUCUGCUUUUCGCGGUGGUUUUCCUUUUUGUCAUCGGUGACUUUGUGCUGUCGACUAAGAUGGUAUUAAAUGAUGGACUGAAGAUGUACACCAUAGGCUCUUUAAAUUUCAGUGUGAUUUGCAUUUUCUGUUUCGGAGCCUUUAUAAAUCUGUCCCGCAAAUGGCCCUAUAUCAUCCGGAAAACUUCGUUUUCUGAGCGGAUAUUCCUGAAACCCUGCUAUAGUAGCCCCCAAGGACUCAAUUUCAGCCGAUAUCUUCGUCGUUGGGGAAUAAUCCUUUUGAUAACCGCCCUUUGUGAACACCUCACUUAUGUGGGAAGCGCCGUUUGGAGCAAUUACGAGCAAAUUAGAGAUUGUAAUCUGAAAGUGGGCUUCUUGGAGAACUACUUUCUAAGGGAACGCCAGGAAAUCUUCUCAGUGUUCAACUAUGACCUCUGGAUGGUUUUCUUCAUCGAAUGGAGCACCUUGGCAAUGACAUUCAUUUGGAACUUUGGGGACAUCUUCCUAUUUCUUCUGUGUCGAAGUUUGCAAAUUCGUUUUCAACAACUUCAUUGGCGUAUUCGUCAGAAUUUAGAAAACUCUGGAUCACAUGAAUUUUGGCAGGAAGUUCGUUCCGAUUUUUUGGAUCUCGAUGAUUUGCUCAAGCUUUAUGAUAAGGAGUUGUCUGGCUUGAUUUUGGUGUCCUGCGCCCACAAUAUGUACUUCAUUUGUGUGCAAGUCUACCAUAGUUUUCAAGUAAAAGGAACUUUUAUGGACGAGCUGUACUUCUGGUUUUGUUUGCUAUACGUCAUCACUCGCUUGAUGAAUAUGAUGUUUGCCGCUGCCUCGAUUCCCCAGGAAAUCAAGAGUAUUUCCAAUACACUUUACGAAGUACCCACAAAUUGUUGGUGCGAUGAGCUGAAUCGAUUAAGUGAGAUGCUCCGAAAUGAAACCUUUGCUCUCAGUGGAAAGGGUUUCUUUUAUCUCACCAGAAGGCUGAUCUUUGCAAUGGCAGCCGCUUUAAUGGGCUACGAGUUGGUUUUAUUCCGGCAGUUGGAAGGCGCCGUGGUGCAGAAAAGUAUUUGCAGCCGCGGACCCGGCUCCUCCAUGAGCAUUUUCUUCUCCUAG